GGUGGCAUCGCCCCACAGCCCAGAGAGCACCACAUCCCUCGGGGAGCUGAAAUGCUCCCCUCAGCCUGGCUGUCUUUAAAGGACCACCCCUGGCUCUGUUCCUGGGGCUUUGGAAUGGGGAGAAGCRGCUCCUGGGGGGAAUCCCUGUGGCUGGCCAGGAUGGGCUCGGUGGGAGCCGAACGCUUCAAGGAGCUGAGCCCGGCGGCCACGCCGGAGGGGAACGUGGUGAUGAGCUUCAGCUUCGACAGCUACCAGCUGGAGGAGGACGAGCUGCAGCGGGGCAGCCAGGCCAAGGGGGUGCUGACCUUCAUGGAGCCAGUUUCUGAGGAUCCCGAGCCCCAGGAUCGAUACCAUGGGAUUUAUUUUGCCAUGCUGCUGGCUGGGGUGGGAUUUCUCCUGCCCUACAACAGCUUUAUCACCGAUGUGGAUUACCUGCACCAUAAAUACCCAGGGACCUCCAUUGUCUUCGACAUGAGCCUCACCUACAUCCUGGUGGCCUUGGUGGCCGUCAUCCUCAACAACGCGCUGGUGGAGCUGCUGAGUUUGCACACGCGGAUCUCCGUGGGCUACCUCUUCGCCCUGGGGCCCCUGCUCUUUGUCAGCAUCUGCGACGUGUGGCUGGAGCUGUUCAGCCGCAGACAAGCCUACGCCAUCAACYUGGUGGCCGUCGGGGUGGUGGCCUUUGGCUGCACAGUGCAGCAAUCCAGCUUCUACGGCUACACGGGGCUGCUGCCCAAGCGCUACACGCAGGGAGUGAUGACAGGCGAGAGCACCGCCGGGGUCAUCAUCUCGCUCAGCCGCAUCUUCACCAAGCUGCUGCUGUCCGACGAGAAGGAGAACACYGUCAUCUUCUUCUUCAUCUCCAUCGGCAUGGAGCUGACGUGCUUCAUCCUGCACCUGCUGGUGAAGCGCACCCGCUUYGUGCGCUACUACACGGACGGUGCCCGCAAAGGGCUCCCCGAGAGCCGCGGGGCCGGCGACCCCGGCACCGGCUACCGCGUCCACCACGACGUCACCUCCGAGGACGUCCGAUUUGAGAACCGGGAGCAGGGGCAGCCGAGCUCCCCGCAGGGCAGUCCUGGCCCCGAAGCUGAGCUGGCCGGGAGUGGCACCUACAUGCGCUUCGAUGUCCCUCGGCCCAAGGUCAAGAGGAGCUGGCCCAGCUUCCGAGACAUGCUGCUGUACCGCUACGUYGUGUCCCGCCUCAUCUGGGCCUACAUGCUCUCCAUCGCCAUGACCUACUUCAUCACRCUGUGCCUCUUCCCCGGGCUCGAGUCGGAGAUCCACAACUGCACGCUGGGGGAAUGGCUCCCCAUCCUCAUCAUGGCCAUCUUCAACCUCUCCGACUUYGUCGGCAAGAUCCUGGCUGCCCUGCCCUAYGACUGGAGAGGGACCCACCUCCUCGUCUACUCCUGCCUCCGCGUGGUCUUCAUCCCCCUCUUCAUCAUGUGCGUCUAUCCCAAUGGGCAGCCCACCUUCGGCCACCCCGCCUGGCCCUGCAUCUUCUCCCUCCUCAUGGGCAUCACCAACGGCUAUUUCGGCAGCGUGCCCAUGAUCCUGGCCGCCGGCAAAGUGAGCCCGGAGCAGCGGGAGCUGGCAGGGAACACCAUGACYGUGUCCUACAUGACGGGCCUGACGCUGGGCUCGGCCGUGGCCUAUUUUGCCUACAGCCUCACCAGCACGUCCCACAGCAGCUGCUUCUACACCGAGACCUCCAACGGCUCCUUCACCUCAGGGUACUGAGCCCUGGGAUGGGGCAGCGGGGACACCAUGGCACCUGCUGCCACCAUGGUCCCACUGUCCCACAUGUCCCUCUUUG